AUGGAUUCCUGCUGGAAUGCCAAGGAUCUUUUCUUGCUAGCAUUAGAAGUCGGCAAUCUUCAUACCAUCGGCUAUAAAGAGAUAAUGUCGAUGGACCUCGAAAGUGGAAUGGAGAUAUCCUGCACCAGAGAGAGCGGAGAGGAAGUCAGAUUUGGACACCUAUGGAGAUACAAGGAAGAAGAGGCAAAAACGCGGUUUAGACUAUGUCUGGUGGAAGUGCAGUUGGGGCGUUGCCCUAAGGAGGCUGUAGACCACCUGCUGCUGCUCCUGAGCGGUGCGGAUAAAGCAAGUCAGCUCGCUAUAUUCCUAAUGUUUUACAAGCUUGCCGUAAAGUACAAGGUUUAUGACGGAAGAGUACUCCACAAAUGUAAGACACACCUGCAUCUAAUCCAUCUGAGGCGAGCCGUCUUGAAGACGUUGAUAGCAUACUCCCUGAACAGGGUGGAUCUUGUUUUUAAUGAGUUCACGGGUGAAGAAGUUAUGGAGAUGAAUUUGCUUUGUCCUAAGGACCUGAACCCAGCAGAUCCUGACUCCAUAAGAGCCGUGAAAAGACUAUUUUCCAGCAUGAACAAGGCCUCGUUCAGGUACUCCAAGAGAAUACUCAAGAGCAUGGAUGAGAGGUUCUUUGUGUAUCUCCCAGAUAAACUCAACAGCACAGGGUAUUCGCAUCUUCGAGAGCUGCUUGGAAAGCUCUCUCCAGACAGGGCACGCUCCAUUAUCAAGAUUGUCGGCGACGAGUCUGUGGCAAGGUUGUUUCUGCCUCUAAAGAUGCACGAUCCACAAAGAUUCUUUACUUAUAGGAGCGUGGAAGUCAGGAUUGAGUCUCUUAGACAUAUCGAUGGUGUCGGGUUGAUGAGAAGAUUUCUGGAAGUCAAUCAAUUUAUCUACAGCAGAAGUAUGCUGAAGCUGCUUAUCAAGUAUUUCCGCCUGUGGCUUAAAGAGAAAGUUGAAGAAAAGCAUAAGCUUAGGACUAUGUACCUCGAGGUUAUAUCGCCGAUGCUCCGGAGUACCAAUGCAUCCAGAAGAGUACUUGGGGUGUAUCUGAUGGAUUCUCUAGUGGCCGAGGGCAUCAUAGAGUUCCCGGGAUGCGCCCAGCUGCUAUUUGAUUCUGACCACGAGGUCCGGAUGAUCAUCUGUAAGCAUAGUACCAAGAUACUCCUCGGCCUUGAGGAGAUGAGUGUAAAAAUAGAAAGCCACCAGUCCCAUGAUGUGCACGGAUGUGUAGAGUAUAUCAAGAGCUGCCAAUCAAGAUGGUUUGUCGGCCAUCUGAAGAGUGUCUUUGAUAGUCACAUGAAGGAUUUUGUAAGUGGAAAAAAAAGCAUGGAGGAAAUUUCUAUUUACGGGCUCCUAAACAUGCUUUCGGAAACAAAGGAACAUGAUAUUAUUACCUGGGUGGACAUAGUUUAUGAUUGUUGCUUCAAAAGACUUUCUGAUGUUAUUCAUGGGCAGGAAGACGACAGCCUGAUAGUCUACUGGAAGAACAUGCGAGAGUGCUGUAGCUACUACUGUGGAAUGGUGCUGAGCGGAAACAAAGCCCUCUCGGCUAGAUUAGUGCAGGUACUUCUGCACAUAAACCAUCUGGGUGUUGUGCUACAGGUGUCUCAGUAUUUAAACAUGGUGUUCAAGAACAUGGCUUUUGAAGAAGACGAGCUACUAGAGAUAGUUGAAGUGUCAUUUAAUAGAAUCGAGAGCUGCAAAGCUAUCGUUAGGAGGAGCGGAGGAAUUCCUCUUCUGUUCGCAUCGAUCCUUAGGAGCUAUCCAUCUAUUCUUGAGCGUAUCCUGAAAAGGUUGCUUGAAUUGGUUGAAACAGGUGAGAGUAGUGCUAAAAUCCAUUGCCUGAACAUUCUCAGUAGGAUCAUCGAGGAUGGAUGCCUGAACUCAAAGUUACCUCUUCAGAUAGAAGAGUUGUUUGGGAUUGCCUUCAAAUGCAGUCGUUCGAACCUCUGGGCAAUAAGGAACAUAGGGAUAGAGAUAUUCUCCAACCUGGUCCAGAAGGCAUUUGAUAGGGGGCCAGAAGGCAUUGUAUCGAUGGCCCAUGCAGGACUUAGGAGCCUGCUACGUAAGGAGCUUAGCUUGUGCAGAGACAAGCGAGAUGAUGUCCUGGCACUUCUUAUUCUUCAUUUGUACGGAAGAAUGAGGGAGUUGAACGGGGAGGAAACAGAGGCAGUUUGGAGGCUUUCGGAAAGAGGAGGGGUAGUGGGGCUUAAGUCCAGAAACAUCUGUACCAAAAAAGAGUGGAAAAUGCCUGCCCAGCCAAGAGUAAAGAUGGUGUUUAAUCCCAAAUUGAGUGAAGGGGAGGUACUUCUAAGGGUACUAAUCCUCCUAGACUCUGAGCAUGUAGAAGAAAGGGGGAUGGCUGAAUCUUACAUGGAAAAUGUUUAUGGGCUGUCAUCGUACUCGGAAGAGUAUCUUAAGCAUUACACCGUCUGGAGAAUUUGUAGAAUUGGAUACCAGGAAGCUGCGGCCCAGCGACUCAGAGAGUACAGCCUAAAUAUCGAGAGGUCCCUAAGCUGCUUUUUCAAGGACUCGCCAUCAAACGAGCGUUUUGACUUGGAGCACGCUAUAUCCCUCAUGGAGAUGUAUAGGGGCCAGGAGAAUUUGAUAUAA